GAAAAUACACCCACACCACAGCAGGCUUACCUGCGGCAAAGUAACGCAAAUCACCCGGUUGGUUACGAGUGAAUGAGGGAAAAAUGAUCAUGGAAAUAAACAGUUUGUAAGGCUGAGUUGGUAGAGUAACCUUAGGGGUCCAGAGUGGUUGGUAACAUCGGGACGUAUAUAAAGUUCGUUGGGUUCUCGAGGUUUGGAGUUUGAUAUUUAUUACAAUACAUCAACAACUCUUUUUGUGACUUCUACUUUACAACUUUACCCUAACAUCUUCUUCAAUUGUCUCUAUCCUCAUGCACUGUUAAUCAAUCACCUCGAUACAGAACCCAAGAUCAAAAUCAAAUCCAUUCCUCAUCAAAUUUCAAGACAAACUCACCCAAGCACAAAAAUGCAUCAAUCAAUCAUCUCCCUCUUCGCAUUCGUUUCCACUGCAGCCGCUGCUCAGUAUAGUGUAGUUGUUGGUGGUAGCGGACUUAUUUUCGUUCCAAAUGCCUUGACUGUUCAAGUUGGCGAUACGUAUGUUUUCCUCAUAUUCUUAAGAACAUUAUCAUCUAGGUUAAAGUUACUAAUAUUGACUCGGGAUGUAGUGUUAAAUUCCAAUUCUUUGGUAAACAUAGUGUUGCACAAAGUACCUACGAUAGUCCUUGUGUUCCCUCUGAUCAUGCACCUAUUUUCUCUGGUGUUGUCUCUGGCCCUGAUCCUUCAAGCAAUGCUGAGGUAAGAUUUAUGUUAUUUUAUUCCCGUUAACAAAUCCAAUUCAUGCUAACCUAUGUUUCGUUUCUUAGACUCCAACUUUCAUCAUGGAUACUCACGUCAACGGUACUUUAUGGCUUUACAGCUCCGUUGCCGAUGAAUGUCAAAAGGGCAUGUCAAUGGAAAUCGUAGUUGGCAAUAAUCCUGACCCCAAUCAAACUCUCGACAAAUACCAAGCUGCUGCCGCCAAAGUCGCUUCUAGCGUUGCUCCAAAUACUGUUGAAGGUGGAACCGUCGGUCCACAAAGCAGUUCAAGUGAUGGUACUUCAUCUGCCUCUGGGUCAGCUGCCACAUCAACCGGUACUGCUACCGUUCUUUCUGGAAGCACGACUGCUACUACAACUGCUUUAUCCACCACCUUUACAAGCAAGGCAUCUACAGUAACUGCCACCAGAUCCAGCGGAAGCAGUUCUGCUUCGGCUACUGGAACUUCUGCUCCUGUAGUAGCAACUGGUGCAGCAGGUAAACAAGCUCAUAUCCCAGUUGCACUUGGUUUCGCAGGUAUUAUCGGUGGUUUGGCUGCUUUGAUUUAAGUAGUUGGAAACAUCUGAUGUAUGUAUUCGUGGAACAUAGUAGAUCGGAUUUGGGAGGAAUUAGAUUGUGCAGAGCGAUUUCAUCUCUGGAUGAUCAUUUGGAUUAUGAAUACAUGAUGGAUGCAUACAUGGAUGGUAAUGAGGAGUUUCCUGGCGUUAACGUUGAUGCAUAUGUUCAUAUGGAUGGCAUCAGAGAAUAGUGGGCGGGAGAGAUGUAUUUAAUGCAGUGGAAUGAAAUAAAUGAUCUAUAUGAAUGAAUGAAUGGUUUUGAGGAUCGAAGAUCUUGAUGUGAUGUUGUGAAAAGUGUGACGGUAAAACUCGUUGGUUUUAAAUCUCUUGACACUUAAGGUUAUUAGAUCUCGCCGCGUAUUUGAUAUUGUGCAAUUGCCUAACCCGUAGAUCUAUUAUCAUGACUCCAUGCAGGAACGGGAAGGGAGAUGGAAAGAAGAA